AUGGGUCAAGCUCAGAGUGACGAGAACUCUUCUGAAAUUCCGACGACGACGACGAAGAAUCCUCCUCCUUCUACGAAUUCGCCACCGGAUUCCGAUGGAAAUGAUACUUCGUCAUCUCCGAUGAGUUCUCUCCUUGCAGAAGCUGCAGCAUAUGGUGAGGGAGACGAUGAGAAUGAGUCGCUUGAAGCAAAGGCGCAGAAAGCCCUCGAUUGCCCUUGCAUUGCAGAUUUGCGUAAUGGAUCUUGCGGGUCUCAGUUCUCCGAAGCAUUCCGUUGCUUUCUUAUGAGCACUGCAGAAGAAAAGGGAACAGAUUGUGUGCAUCCAUUUGUAGCAUUGCAAAGCUGUAUCAAAGCCAAUCCGGAUGCAUUCUCUAAAGAGGUUCUAGAGGACGGAGAAAAACCCGAGAAAAAAGAAGAGCAACCGCCUGCGCAAGACCAUAGAAUCAUCCCGCCUCUCUGGGCGAAAGACCCUCCUCGCAGUGGCAAAUCCAAGCUUUAG